AGGGUUUUCUGAUAUCCACCACAAUGGACCCUCGGUUCAGUGCCCAAGAUGUCCUGCGCUGUGACCUGUGUGAGACUCCUGUUCCUCCAAUGUACUGUGACUUUUGUCAUGUUAAACUCUGUAAGGCCUGUGUAGGGGAGCAUCUCUCUGAUUUAUCUAAAGAACAUAAAGUGGUGCCAUACAAGGAAAAGGGAACAUCACCAAAAUGUCCAACUCAUGUUGGAAAACUUUGCGAACUUCAUUGCAAGGAAUGUGACCUUCCUGUUUGUUCACUCUGUCUGUCAUCCAAAAUUCACAAAGGGCAUAAUUUAUUGAAUUUACUGGAGAUAAUGAAAAUCAAACAAAAGGCCAUACAAAAAGAUGGUGAUGAAUUAUGUAAUGUAGUAUACCCAAAAUCUGUUUUUUCACUUUUUGAUGAACCAGAGCUCGUCACUUCCAUACAAACUAGACAAAAACCACUAUUUCAUGUUACUUGUCUUAGUGACGAAGAAAUCUGGACCAGUGGGAAUACUGAAUUCUUGAAACUCUACAACCUCCAGGGCAAACUACUGAAAUCAAUUGAAACUGAGGAGUCUUAUAGCUAUCCAGGUGAUAUAGCAUUGACAAGGAGUGGAGAUCUAGUUUAUACGUACCCUGUUACAAAAACAGUAAAUAUAGUGAAGAAUGACCAGAUACAAGAAGUGAUCAGAUUACGGGACUGGAUUCCGUUUUAUAUCUGUAGUACCUCCUCUGGUGACCUCCUGGUUACCAUGGUCAGUACUGUUAAUUUUCAAUCAAAAGUUGUCCGUUAUUACUCUAACUUCACAGAGACUCAAUCCAUUCAGUUUGAUAAUAAGGGCAAACGUCUGUAUUCAUAUGAUCGUUAUAAAUUCAUCAGUGAGAACAGGAACCUGGAUAUUUGUGUGGCUGACAAUAGAGCUAGCGCAGUGGUAGUGGUUAAUCAGGCAGGAAAACUCCGAUUUAGAUACACUGGUCAUCCCUCUACUACAAAGAGAUCAUUCGAUCCACUCGGCAUCACAACAGACAGCCAGAGUCAAAUUCUGAUCGCAGACUAUGACAACCAAUGUAUCCACAUCAUAGAUCAGGACGGACAGUUCCUCCGUUACAUUGAUAACUGUGAUCUACAUUUGCCUUGGGGUUUAUGUGUAGACUCCAGAGACAACCUCUUUGUGGCUGAAUUUCUCAGUGGUAAAGCGAAGAAAAUCAAAUACAUGUACAUACAAACAAUGUUUUAAUGACAGGAGUAAUUUGUGAUAGAUAUUAUCCAGGUAGACAGGAGAAAGUAACAAUACCUAGAUGUUUAAUCCAAUCAAUAUCAGAGAAUUUAUGGUGAUCUAACAAGUCUACGAUUAAUAGAAUUUCAA